AUGAGACAUGGUAACACCAGUUUCAUAGAAGACUUUGUUUUGGUGGGCUUCUCAGAUUGGCCACAACUGGAAGUUUUCCUUUUAGUCUUUAUUUCAAUUUUCUAUUCGCUUACACUCUUGGGCAACAUCACCAUCAUCACGCUGUACCAACUGGAUCUUCGCCUGCACAAGCCCAUGUACUUCUUCCUCUGUCACCUCUCAUUUGUGGACCUCUGCUACACCACCACUACCGUGCCCCAACUUCUGGUCAAUCUUCAGGGACAUGACCGGACCAUUACCUAUGGAGGAUGUGUGGCCCAGCUCUUCAUCUUCCUCACUCUGGCGUCCACUGAGUGUGUCCUCCUUGUGAUGAUGGCUUUUGACCGCUAUGCGGCUGUCUGUCGUCCACUCCACUACACAAACAUUAUGCACCCUUUUCUCUGCCACACAAUGGCUCUGUCCUCCUGGGCAGUGGGCUUUGUGAAUUCUCUGAUUCAAACAGGUCUCAUGAUGGCCAUGCCUCUCUGCAGCCAUACACUGAACCACUUCUUCUGUGAGAUGCCGGCAUUCUUAAAGCUAGCUUGUGAAGACAUAGAAGGAACAGAAGUCAAGAUGUUUUUGUUUCGAAUCAUAAUCCUGAUUGUUCCUGCAGCAUUAAUUCUCAUCUCCUAUGUACACAUUGCUCAGGCAGUGCUUAGAGUCAAGUCAAUGGCCGGACGUAGAAAAGCCUUUGGUACUUGUGGAUCCCACCUUCUCGUGGUCUCCCUCUUUUAUGGUUCAGGUAUCUACACAUACCUCCAACCCAAACACCAUUACUCAGAGAGUAAGGGGAAAUUUGUUGCUCUCUUCUACACUAUAAUUGCUCCCAUUCUCAAUCCUCUAAUUUAUACUUUAAGGAACAAGGAUAUAAGUGGGGCUUUCUGGAAGGUGAUAGGGAGAGGUAGAAACUCAUGA